GAGCCGCCCCCGGCGGAGCCGCGGGACCCGCGGGCAGCGGAGCGGGAUGAACGGAGAAUUCCCCAGCUGAGCUCUCCCGAGCCAGGAGCUGCCUGUGGGGAGGCACCAAAUGGUCUCUGUGAGCUGCCAGGACCUGCUGCCCUCCCUGACCAGCCCUUCCCUGCUCGAGAGCUUGGCCAGCGCCGUGCAGUGCAGGAUGCCACCGAACCUUCUGCCAGGACACGGCGGUGACCCGGAGGGCUCUGGCCACGUCCUGGCGGGCAGCACCGGGGGUGCCAAGGGCGAGCCCCCCAAAGCCCAGCUCAGCGAGGCUCAGCUCAAGCUGCCCGACUUCUGCCUCUCCCAGAACUUCAUCCCCACGCUGGAGGAGAUCGAGGAGUUCCUCAGGGAGAAGGCAGAGCUCCCCAGGGAUGAAGCAGGAGAUCCUCACCCCGCGGGGUGGAAUGUGGAGAGCGAAGCUGAGCUCGGCUCCGGGGCACGCGAAGGAGGAGGAGGAGGAGGAGGAGGAGGAGGAGGUGGAGGACACGUCCCAAACGCUGCGGGGACAGCUGCCGGUGACCAGGCAGUUCCCGUUAUCCUGCAGCUCCAGCCUCUCCCGACGGACAGUGUCACCCCUGGGGGUGUCAGGGUGGCCCAGCUGCUGAUCAGCCUGCAGACCCCAAACCCUCCCCUCCUCCCUCCGCUCCAGCCCCCCGGCACCAUCCUGGACCAAAAAUACGUCCGAAUCGCCCCUCUGCCGGUGGUCACGGGGCCGGGGGACGCGCAGGAGGCCGAGGCAGCCCCCGGAUGCCAGCAGGGCACCCCAUCCCUGCUCCGCAUCCACCGCUGCUCCCACCCGGGCUGCGGGAAGGUUUAUUCCAAGAGCUCCCACCUGAAGGCUCAUUUCCGCCGGCACACGGGGGAGAAACCCUACACCUGUGCCUGGCCCGACUGCGGCUGGAGGUUCUCCCGCUCGGAUGAGCUCUCCCGCCACAAGCGCUCCCACUCCGGGCUCAAGCCCUACCAGUGCACAGCCUGUGAGAAGAAAUUUGCCCGCAGUGACCACUUGGCCAAGCACCUGAAGAUCCACCGGGGCCAGCCCUGCAGCCCACGGACGCUUCCAGGGAGGAGCAGGAGUUAAUUCCUGCUGCUCAUCCCUGCCAGCGAGGCCGGGAGGUGCCGGAGCCUCCGCAGGGAGGAGGGGGAAGCGACCCCUGAACAGACGACAGGAGAUUUGGUUGUCCCUCCUUUCACCAGUGAUGAAAUUCCCGAGCUGUUUCUGGCUCUCUUUGAAAUACAAGUGAUGGAAAUCGGCCUGGAUUUGGGCUGUGUGUGGGAAAGUCACGCUGUAAAACUGGGAUCAGGCGUUUCAGAAUC